ACAUUUCCUUCAGGCUGUUCCUCAGUCGCAAAAUACGUUUUCGACAGGUUUAUGGCCGAGUAAGGAGUACGUCUCUCUUUAACCUAGCUCAUCGCACCAGCGCAGCAGUGAUAUUCAAAACGUGUGAGUCCAUUUCUUUCCUAAGGCGGAGACCAAGUCACGAAGCUGAGCAUGUUGCCGUACAGUUGCACUGAGAAACCCGGGCGGACAGCUCCAAGAGGCGGUAAGGCGUUGGCCGUCCUCACGGCGCUGCUUUGCGCGGCUUCUAUCGGCGUGAUCGACCACAAAAUGCGGGGAUACGAGGCCGGAAUACAGGGCUUGAAGGCACAACUGGAUGCCAGUAGCAAUGCAGCGAUGCGGUCACGCCGCGCAGCGGACGAUGAUGGAAUGACACCCUUCCGAGACGAGCCUGUGAGCCGGAGUGUUCAGCACGACUUUCCCGGGCAAGGAGGAGCUCUCUUUACCCGGUGGGGACGGGAGGUGUGCGGGAAGAGUAAGGACAUAGACACAGUCUACACAGGCGUGGCAGGAGGGUCCCACUACACCAAACAUGGCGGCGGCUCCAACUACCUGUGUCUCCCAACUCGCAAUGUAUCAUGGGAUCACUUCAAAGAUGGCCCACAGACGAAGAACUUCCUGUACGGCUCAGAGUUCCAAAUCCACGGGCAGGACGACUUCUUCUCCACGGUCAAUGCUGAGGGGAUCGCUACGGUGGCGGACUACGACGUGCCGUGCGCCGUCUGUCGGGCUCAGGUCCGGUCCAGUACCGUCAUGAUCCCCGCACGGACGGCAUGUCCUAACGACUGGCACAAGGAGUACCAGGGUUAUCUGAUGAGUGCCCACGAGACGCACCAAGGACGCACAGAGUUCGUCUGCGUAGACAAGAACCCGGAUGUGGCGAUCGGCACCUACGAGAGCAAAGAUGGCGCCCUGUUCUAUCUGGUGGAAGCCGCGUGUGGCUCUCUGCCGUGUGGUCCUUACAUCGCUGGGCGGGAAAUCACCUGUGUAGUCUGUACAAAGUAACGCAACUCAGAAUGUGGUACAUUGGUUGUACUUCAUAAGGAUUUCUAUACCAACGAUUCUACUGAAUGAAUGAAGACCUUUUCUGUACCCAAGUACCCAUAGGUUCAUAGAUACAUGUAUUGUGCGUGUACAUGUAUACAUUGUCACGUUAGCAUGAGUAAUAUAGUCUUGAAUUCAGCUUCUUCUCACUUGUUUCACCACUGUUUAAUGACGAUUUCUACAAGAAGUAAUAUGCUUGACUAUACGUCGUCGUUUACGGUUUCAUUUCCAGUUGAAAUUGCAUCACGACAGACGAUAAGUGGACAACUGGAACUUCCAGGAACUCUUCCGGAAGUAGUUGAAGUGACAUAUUUUUAGAACAAUACGUCCCUAAAAGUAAAAAAAGAGACGAGAACAUACAUAUUUACGUAGAAUUAUAGCUUGUCCGCGAGGAAGUUUCGUUUCGCGUCUACAGAAUUUUUGUAUCUAUUUGUGUCAUGUCCUGACUCGACGUCCUCAUACAUUUGUAUCUAGGCCAGUAUAUUUUAUCGCUCUAGGCCGAGAUUGUAUUAUCGCAGACACAAACUUGGAAUGUGUCCAAUAUUUACUGCACAUCCUGAUUAACACAUCAUGACUUCA